UGACCGAACACAUCUCCAUCGCCAUGAGAAGAUCACCAUAGCACUGGACAACCUCCCGAUCCCGAGCAGCUCCGAUUGGAAGGCCGCCGUGGCGAGAUCCCGCGCGGGCAGGGCCUCGAUGGGACCGCCGCCGUCCAGGCUGCCCCUGCUGGCCGCCCUCGUCGCGGCGGCGCUGCUCGCCGGCGCGGCCGCGGCGACGGAGGAGGCAUACGUCACGCUGCUCUACGGCGACGAGUUCGUCCUCGGCGUACGCGUCCUGGGCAAGUCCAUCCGCGACACCGGCACGCGGCGCGACAUGGUCGUGCUCGUCUCCGACGGCGUCUCCGAGUACUCGCGGCAGCUCCUCGAGGCUGAUGGUUGGAUCGUGAAGCGUAUAACUUUAUUGGCUAAUCCUAACCAAGUGAGACCAACGAGGUUUUGGGGUGUCUACACGAAGUUAAAGAUAUUCAACAUGACAAGCUACAAAAAAGUUGUUUAUCUUGAUGCAGAUACUGUAGUUGUAAAAAGUAUUGAGGAUGUUUUCAAGUGUGGGAAGUUCUGUGGGAACUUGAAGCAUUCUGAAAGAAUGAAUUCCGGAGUGAUGGUUGUGGAGCCAUCUGAAACUGUUUUCAAGGAUAUGAUUAGCCAAGUAGACCGGUUGCCUUCCUACACUGGAGGGGAUCAAGGUUUUCUUAAUUCGUAUUAUGCUGAUUUUGCUAACUCCCGCGUGUAUGAGCCAGACUCACCUUUAACACCUGAACCGGAGACACAGCGCCUUUCUACCUUGUAUAAUGCUGAUGUUGGUCUUUACAUGCUAGCCAACAAGUGGAUGGUUGAUGAGAAGGAACUUAGAGUUAUUCACUACACACUAGGUCCCCUUAAACCCUGGGACUGGUGGACAGCUUGGCUUGUAAAACCUGUGGAGAUAUGGCAGGAUGUUAGGCAAAAACUUGAAGAAUCUCUUCCGGGAACCGGUGGGGGAAGGAACCCUCAUGAUCAGCUGGUCGUCAAAUUUUUAUUCAUUCUUCCCUUCUGCCUGCUGUUAUUUGGUUAUUACCAAUCAUGCUUUCAGAACAAUAAGGAUUUUCCAAGUGUGCAGUCUUUAUGUGUGUUCGCUAGAAGAGGCCGUCAUAAGUACAAGUCUGAAGAGGCACUUCCAUCUUAUUCAGCAGUUGGUGUUUCAUCAUCUACAUUUUCGACUUCAAAUCAAAGAAUCUCUAACGGGCCACAUCUGAAGCUGCCUUCUUAUUUUGGGGCGAUUGCUGUGCUAAUCUGUUUUAUGUCUGCUGGUGUCUCUCUUGCCUUUGCUUUCACUAUCAUUCCACGACAAAUUAUGCCAUGGACAGGUCUGCUACUGAUGUUUGAGUGGACCUUCGUGGCAUUCUUCUUAUUGUUUGGUGGCUAUCUCCGUUUUGUCUAUCGAUGGGGAAGUAUCAGUGCAACUCAUGUGGGAUAUAGCAAUUCUGAUUCAUCAGAGAAUCACAUGAGUACAGGUCAUCAGCGCAAUAUAUCCGACUUUGACAUGGAGGCGACAUUUUACUGGGCAGGGAUGGCUGUCAUAGCUGUCAUUACUGUAUUUUCACCAACUAUCUUGGGUAUAACUGCAUUAUUUACAAAGCUAGGGUUGAUGGUUGCUGGCGGUGUUCUGCUGGCAUCUUUUAUGACGUAUGCUUCGGUGCAUCUUGCUAUCUCAGCCUUCCACAAGGGCCAGAAAGAUAGGAAUGCGUCGAGAACUAGAAGAAUUUGUUUUUGGUGUUUGUAGCAAGUCUGUACCUACGUCAUUGAUGAUUUAGUUCAUGUUGUUGUACAUUUUUACACAAGGAAGUUUCGGUGGUUCCUUUGGCACAGAUAUUCCAUUUUUGUAACGCUGAUGCCAAAUCAAAGGUACAUAGGUUCCAAUAGUUGACAUGCAGCUCGCAGGCCUGCAAGUGUAAAGCCUUUUGUCUAUAAAACUCUUCCUGCCAUUUGCUCGUUGUACAAUGAUCGGCGGUUCUGUAUUGGAACUAUGGAACAUGAACUGAAUUGGUGUUACUAGUGUGCUGGGCUAGUAUUAGCCAGAGAACUACGUAUAGUAACCGCGGUUUCA